AUGCCUCUCGGCGCGAUCCGCAAGGAGGCGGCCGAGGAGGCUGGCGUGCCGCCGCGGCUGGCAGGCGCGAUCCAGCCGGCGGGCGGAGUUUGCUACACCGGGUUUGACGAGACGGGGUGGGCCCUCAAGCGCGAUGUGCUAUACACCUUCGACCUGCGCUGCGGUGACGACUUCGUGCCGCGCGCUGUCGACGGGGAGGUCGAGGAAUUUUCGCUCACGCCCAUGGAUGAGGUGGCGCGGCUGGUCGAGCGGCAGGCGGGCGAGAGGCUGUUCAAGCCGAACGUGGCCGUCGUCAUCGCUGACUUUCUGCUGCGGCGCGGCUUCGUAGCGGCGCGCAGCGCCGCGCACGCCACGCUGCGGACCGUCGGACGAGCGCAGCGUACGUCGGCGGCGAGCCGCGUCGCCAGCCGUCUCGCGAGAGAGCGGCGCCGCCGCGUGCGCGCAGCAGCCGCCGCGGCAGAGGCGAGCCGCGGCGACGUCCGCACAACGGAUAACUUCCAUGGCGGUUAA